GUGCUCUGUGCUACUAUUUAAUUCAUACAUAGAUUCAUUCACCAGUUUCUACAACCUCUCUCCCUUUUCAACCAUGGCUGUCGAUUAACCGGAGAAACAACCACACCACAACACACAGAUAUAUAUAUAUAUAUAGAGAGAGAGUAGAUCAUUCAUUUGAUUUGAAGGGUGGGUGCUUCCAAGCAUUCAUGGUACUAUCACUUCCACUAAACCAUUACAUGAAAAACAUCUUUUCCUCUCUUUAUAUCCCAAAAUGGCAACUUUACAACCAACCCAUCUCGAUUUGGAAGCUCAAGACCACUCCCGCCGUCAUUCCACCGCGGCCAGCGGCGGCGACGGUGGUUCUGAUGUCAGCAUUGAGAUUGUAGGGGUGGUGGUGGUAUCUUCUUCUUCAUCUGAUGAGGAGGAGGAGGAGGAGGAGAAAGGGAGGGAAUCCACGGUGUCAGAUUUCUCGGUGGUGGAUCUGGAAAGUGGUGGUGAUGGGGCCCACAAUGAUAAGGUACAUUUGUCAAAGAUUGAAAGGGAUUGUAGGAUUUGUCAUUUGAGUAUUGAUUUAACCAAUCAAGAUUCUGAGAAUGGGAUUCCUAUUGAGUUGGGUUGUUCUUGUAAAGAUGAUUUAGCUGCUGCUCAUAAACAUUGUGCUGAAGCUUGGUUCAAGAUUAAGGGUAAUAAAACAUGUGAGAUAUGUGGAUCAAUUGCACAUAACGUUGCUGGUGCAAACGAGGCUGAACUAAUGGAACAGUGGAACGAAGCUAAUGACGCCAUGUCAUCGGGUACCGCGCCUGGGGGGACCACAAACGCCACAUCAGAUAACCGUAACUUCUGGCAAGGCCAUCGGUUCCUCAACUUCUUGCUAGCUUGUAUGGUUUUCGCCUUUGUCAUUUCGUGGCUGUUUCAUUUCAACGUCCCAUCGUAGACGCAUGCGGAUUUAUUUAAGGAAAAAACAUUCAAUGAGCUAGUGUUUGGAUCUUUCUUUGUAGCAUGAAGAAAUCAAAUGAAUCUUUCUUGUUGUUAAUCAUUGAUGGUGAUGCACUCAGUAGAGUGUGACUUUAAGAUGUGUAUGAAAUGUUGUUUCUUAUAUAUUUCUGUCUCAUUCCUUCUA